AACUCUCCUUAUAGGAACUCUAGUAUUGGAGUGCGUUGGGGGUGAAUAGGAGCGCACUCGGGGCAUAUGACGCGAAGAGACCCUUAACCUUAAUGGUUUCAUGAGUUUCACAUGAAUUGUUAUUUAUUAAUACGCUCUUGGGUUUAUAUCUUCAAAACGGUAAGAAAAAAGGUAGUAGAUAGCAAUUGAACUCAAAUUAUAGAUUAAUGUAAAUAAAAUUUUGAAGAAAAAAAGAGAAGCAAAAGGUUAAAAAUUUUUGUCCAAUCAAUAAAUUACAAUUUAAAUGCCAUGGCUAGAUUUAAGAAAUGCACGGAAAAAGAUAUAUCUGUGUUACUUGAAACAAGUUCAGAUUCAAGUGAAGAUUUAGACAAGUCCUAUGUUCCAACAAAGACCACAGACGAUGAUUCUCUUUCUGAUUCGGAUAAAAUUCUGAACAACAAUAAACACUUCUUAUUACGAACUAAUGCAUUGCAAAAAGAACAGGCCUCAUUGCGUCUAAAAUUGAGGCGCUCUACAGAACAGAGUAUGUACAAAAUAGACACUGAAUCUGAUGAUGAAAAACCUAAGAGAUUAACCAGAAAUACAAAACGCCAUUUGAAAAGUUUGCAGGAAAAUCAAAUGCCACGCAAGGGCACAAGAAUGAUAAAGUUACCUAAAAGAUACUCAGAAUAUGAAUAUUAUUCUCCUAAAUCACAAACAUCUGUUUUACAGAAAGAUCAAAUUAAUUAUAACGAGAAGACACUAUUUUUAGAUUCAUUAGACACUUGUAAUACAAGAAAACAAAAAAUUAAUAAACAUGUAAAAAUCAACAUGCAAAAAAGUGAUAACGAUCACAGUUCAGAUUGUGUUUGUGUUGAUUUCAUUCCAAAAACACCGUCCACAAGAUCAAAAAUAAAAUUUAAAAAACAAAAUUGUGCUCAUUUUGUGGAACAUGUCAAUAAUGAUGCUACUCCUAAGGUUUACAGAACUAGAUCGAAAUAUGAAUCUUCCUCUGUAAAUAAAGAAUCAAAAAAAGAUAAUGUAGAUAAAUCACAAAGUAACAGAAUACAUUUUGAGACAAAAAAAAAUGUUUCACUCGAAGAUACUCUUAAAAGAUUGAAAAUUGAGAAAAAUUGCAAGACUAUUUUAACUGUGUCUAAUAAAUGUGAAUCAAUAUGCAAAGAUGAGAGUAAGAAUAAAACUGAUAAGAUUGAAGUUGUACACAAAGUUAAUAAACAUUUAUCUGUAAAAACUAAUCAAAGGAAUCCUGAUGCUAUCGAAUCAUCAGUGUUACAGAAUGGUUUGAGCACUCCAAAGGUUCGUGUGUCGUUGAAACAAGGUUCAUUGACACCAUCCAUGAAAAUGAGAACUGAUAUCUUAGCUAAACCAAUUACACCAUUGCAAGAAAUCAGAACUAGAUUGCACGUUAGUGCAGUGCCUAAAUCAUUGCCUUGCAGAGAGGAAGAGUUUAAUAACAUUUAUACAUUCAUAGAAAGCAAGCUAAUGGACAAAAGCGGAGGGAGCAUUUAUAUAAAUGGUGUACCAGGUACAGGAAAAACUGCUACUGUAAAUGAAGUUGUCAAAUGUUUAAAGAGAUCUGUGGAGAAAGAUAAAUUAGACUAUUUUGAUUUUGUUGAAAUUAAUGGGAUGAAAUUAUCUGAGCCUAGACAGGCCUACGUGCAGAUUCUGAAGCAAUUAUCUGGUAAAAUUCUAACAUGGGAACAAGCAUAUAAUAUGUUAGAAAAGAAAUUUAAUAACAAUACUAAGAGGCCAAUGACAUUGCUACUUGUAGAUGAGCUUGAUUUAUUAUGUACAAAACGACAGGAUGUAAUAUAUAAUCUGUUGGACUGGCCUACAAAAGCUUCUGCUCGAUUAGUAGUUGUUACAAUUGCCAAUACUAUGGAUCUUCCAGAAAGAGUUUUAAUGGGUAGAGUCACGUCGCGAUUAGGUCUUACCCGAGUAACUUUCGAACCAUAUAAUUAUAAACAAUUGUAUGAGAUAGUAUUAACCAGGCUUAAAAAUACCGAUAUUUUUGAAAAUGAAAUUAUACAAUUGAUUGCACGUAAGGUGUCCGCAGUAUCAGGCGACGCUCGUCGCGCUUUGGACAUUUGUCGUAGAGUGGCAGAAAUUACUGAAACACGCAAUAAUAGUACAGUGAGCGUACAAGAUGUAAAUGACGCUCUGUCAGAGAUGAUAAUAAAUCCAAAAGUUCAAGCGAUAAAACAUUGUUCAAAAUUUGAGCAAAUAUUCUUGCAAGCUGUAUGUGUAGAAGUCAAACGAAUUGGUGUGGAAGAAGUUUGUUUCAUAAAUGUUUAUAGGCAGUUUGACUCUUUAUGUUCUUUCGAUGGUCACAAAGCUCCUAAUAUUACUCAAACUCUUGAUAUUUGCGCAAAAUUAGGUGAUUAUAGACUAUUGAUAUGUGAAUAUUCAGGAAGCGAUAUACAUCAGAAAAUUUUAUUGAAUAUAUCAAAGGACGAGAUGCAUUAUGCAUUGCAGAAAGUUAAUUCUGAUUAAAAGAUAUUCAAGAUUUGAAUAAAUAUCCUUGAUUUUUUACUAACUUAAUUUAUAUUAGUUUAACUUUAUUAUGUAAAGAACUUGUGCAAAUAAAUCUUGACAAAUUAUAACAUUAUAAUUUACUAAUUUCUAGCUCAAAUCUAUUUUCUUGUAAUAUUGCAAUGUUUUUCAAUUUACUGGAUAUUAAAUGUGGAUUUAAGUUUG